AUGCCAGGAGGUGCGCCGCUGCUGGAAACCAACAACACAUUAGAACACCCAACAGGCCAGGAGUACCAAUUGGUGGUGGGCGAGGGCACAUAUGUACUUCGUGACGACCUCCACCUUGCGACACCUCCACCCCAUCCCAGUGAUGCGCCACAGCCGAACAAUAACCCACUUGCAACCACGGUAGCCCCUCAGUCUGCUGGCACAAAGCUUUCAGUCGCCGUGAUAGCACCUCGAAAGCCACCGAACCAGAGUCUUUUCCGCAUUGCGACCAGCCAAAGCACAAGAUCAAAUGUCCCACCAAUCAUACAAGAGGAAGCGCAGAGCCCGAGAAGCGAUGCAGGCUCAACAGCGAAUGGCUUCGGCUCUACCUCAUACUAUGGUCAUACAGUAGGAUACGGCGACAACAACGAUGCUUUGCGACCAGUGCCCACGAAGGGCAGUAAGAAGGGAGAUCUUCGCGCCAAGCCCAAGAACAACAUCGUCAAGUCCAACUCGUCGUUCGUCAGCCGCGUCAUCCCACAUGAGGCUUUGCAGAAACGGCUAUCAGAACGACCAAGUGACGGACUGAUGGUCUUUGCGAACGUGAACCGAGCACUGCUGUGGUUGGAUCUCACAUCAGACCUGAAGACCGAAGCAUUGACGAAAGUGCUCUUCACAAAAGCUUUCGCAUUAUGUCACGAUGUCAACCAAUUUACCAAGUCACAAACGCACUUAGAUGUGGUCAUCGGCUUCAACACAAGCGACAUCAUCUGGUACGAACCCAUAUCGCAAAAGUAUGCACGUCUGAACAAGAACGGUAUGAUCAACCCCAUGCCGAUAGAAUCGAUCCAUUGGCUGCCGAACAAGGAGAAUCUAUUCCUGGCUGCGCAUAUGGAUGGGACACUGGUCGUAUAUGACAAGGAGAAGGAAGACGCCGAAUUCGUACCCGAAGAUGCCUCGCCCGGCGACAACGGAUCCGAGAACGGCCACCCGAAGAACAAGUUCCAGGUCAAGAAGUCUGUGCAGUCAAAGAACCAGAAGACGAAUCCUGUGGCGGCGUAUAGUGUGUCAAACAUGAAGAUCAACCAGACCGCUUUCUCACCUGAUGGUUCGCUGCUCGCCAUAGUCUGCGACGACGGCUGUCUGACUAUCCUGGAUUACAUCAACGAGCGUGUCUUGGAUGUCUACCGAUCAUACUACGGCGGUCUGCUCUGCGUCACAUGGUCUCCAGACGGCCGCUAUGUCCUCACGGGUGGUCAAGACGACCUGGUCAGCAUAUGGUCGUUAGCCGAUCAAGCACUUGUCGCUCGCUGCGUCGGCCACGAUUCCUGGGUCACAGAUGUCCAGUUCGACCCUUGGCGUUGCGAUGAGCGCAACUACCGCUUCGGAAGUGUGGGUGAAGACUGCAGGCUCCUGCUCUGGGACUUCUCAGUCGGAAUGCUCGGGCGGCCGAAAGCUGUGUCAAUGCGAAACCGAGGGACGAGCGUGGCUAGUCAUAUACCCAUGGAUCGCACGAUAUCGCACAACAGUGUAGGCCGAAUCCGAAGUAACUCGAGCCGGACACAGACGGAUGUGCAGAAUAUUGAUGGGCAGGAUUCAGUGCACGCUGUGGACUCGAUGCGAAGUACCGCUGUUCUGCCACCCGUCAUGUCGAAGUCGGCGGAUGGACAUCCACUCAGUUGGGUAGGGUUUGAGGAGCAUUGCAUCAUUACUUCGUGCAAAGAUGGGCAUAUACGAGAGUGGGAUCGACCAAAGGAUGGCGAGGAUGUCCAGAUCAGUAAGACCAACAGUGGUGGGAUGUAA